UUCAGGUUCGACAAGAUGCGAUCGAAACCCAAGGCAAGAAAACUACUGAAUGAUGACAAGGAGAUGCUCAGUGUAGUCCCUCGCAGAGGAGCAGAAGGACAUGAUCCCGGCAGUCCAGAAGGUCCACACUCUACAGUGAGGCCGACAUUCUCAGUGUCCGACCGUCCGGACAGCUACUUGCUGCCUCCAGCAUCGGGCUGCCUGUCACCUUCGCUGUCCACAGGAUCGUCUUCAGAGAUCCCUGGUGUCCUGCAGGACACACCUCACGAACGAGAGGCAGAACCUCUGUCCUUGGCCAUGAAGGCCGAGCAUCCACUGACCCACGAACUGCAGGAUGUUGAUGUCCCUGACGACUUCGAGAUUCGUGAAUCCUACGUCUACCCGGGUGUGGGCGUUUGGAGCAGGAUUCACCUACCCCAAGGGCACAAGGUGGGGCCAUUCAAAGGCGUCUUGAAGAGUGCUGUGGAGGAUGCAUCUUGCGCCUGGGAGCUGGUUGACAAAUGCGGCAAGGUGUGCGGCUGGCUGGACGCAGGUGAGGCCGGCACAGGUAACUGGAUGAAGUACAUCCGCUCCACCGAGCAACUGCUGCAGCGCAACAUGAUGGCCGUGCAAGUAGACGAGCAGGUGUUUUACAAGACGGUGAGGGACAUUCGUCCAGGUGAAGAAAUGCUCCUGUAUGCUCGCGAUGCCCUUUACCCAGAGAUGGAACUGGAGUCUAUGCACAAAGUUGAUGAAGACAACCAGGCGUACCCGUGUGGAGACUGCGGAGAAGUGUUUCGCUCGAAGGUUGCCCUCCGAAGGCACCAGACCUAUGCUUGUUCCAAGUCACAGAGCUACGUCCGCAGCAUGACCCUCGACACAUCGCAGGACCGCGUGGACAGCGAUGGAAAAAGUCUGGACAGUGAGAACUCUGGUAUGGAACAAGAAGGUGGUCAAGAAGGCGAGUACAAGUGUGACCAAUGUCCAAAGUCUUUCCAGUGGAAAUCGAAUCUGGUUAGGCAUCAGGUAACUCACGACGAGGACAGACGCUAUCCGUGUGAAAACUGCGACAAAGUCUUCACGGACCCCAGCAACCUCCAGCGUCACAUCCGGUCCCAGCACGUGGGGGCCCGGUGCCACGCAUGCUCAGAAUGUGGCAAGACGUUCGCCACUUCCUCCGGUCUGAAGCAGCACCAGCACAUCCACAGCAGCGUCAAACCCUUUCAGUGUGAGGUGUGUCUGAAGGCUUACACUCAGUUUUCCAACCUGUGCCGACACAAGCGCAUGCACGCGGACUGUCGCCAGCAGAUCAAGUGCAAGGACUGCGGCCAGGCUUUCUCCACUGUCACCUCACUCAGCAAGCACAAGCGCUUCUGCGAGGGCGCGCUCCGAUCGGGGAUGCGCCUGUGCUACCCGCAAGACAAGCUCAACCCCAUGGCCCUGUCUCCCGGCAGCCAACCUUCGCCCCACUUCAAUCCCGGGUACAUGAACCUGUACAGUCCCCGCCCACCCUACUUCUUCCCGCCACUUAGCAGCGCUUUCCCCGUUCUGCAGCCAGGGCUCCCUCCAGGAAUGCUGGGAACAUCCCCCUUGUCUCCAACCUCAUUAUCCCUAGGACACGCUGGGUUCGUUUUAGACAAGCUGGCAGCUUCUGAGUCCGAGGCAGCCCCACAGGCGACAGGGAGUCGAGGUCAGUCCAUGCAAAUCCAGAAGGUCGCCGAGCCAGGCGAGAUCGUGUCCUCACCCUUCUCCGCCAAGCACUUGCUUGAGACAGCGGCAUCCCGACUAUCCCACAAGAUCUCUCACUUGCCUUCCCCCGUGGUUUCACCUCCCAAACCUGCGGCUGAGUCCUCAGGCUCCUCGGACAUGCCCUUCGACCUUUCCAAAUCUGCCCGCAAGCACGAAACGCGCUCUCCUUCCUCACCUAAAGAAGAGUCCCUGACGUCACCGCCACCCUCCAGACGAUCCUCGUCCAGAGACGAUGCUCCCUUGGAUCUGAGCAAGAAGGCAGUGCCGGAAGUUCUCCCCGUGGAGACGCCAAGGAAGACGCAUAUUUACGGGGGAGAACUAAGGUCGCCGGUGAUCCCUGAACCUAAGUACCCCGCGUUCCCCACCUCCGUCCCGUACCCGUUUCCAGCCCCCGCCUCGCUAAUGGAGUCGAUGCUGAGACUGGACAAAGAAAAGAUCAGUCAGUCGUUUCAGCAGGAGAUGGUCAAGUUCAUGGCCUUCCCUCGUUACCCGAUUCCCGGAAUGCCGACAGCCUUCGGUGCCGCUAUCAACCACCUAGGCAUGCUGCGCCCAGAGAUGGACAAAUCCUUAUCCCCGAUCCUCAAGAUGGACAAGGUGCCGGAUGGCGGAAGCCAUCACUCCCCGCACCAUCCUUUCCCCUAUGGUCCACAGUCGGUGCCGGCCGGGGCCAGCGUCAGCAGCAAGAUGAAGGAGCGAUACGCCUGCAAGUUCUGCGGCAAGAUCUUCCCGCGCUCGGCUAACCUGACCCGGCACCUGCGCACUCACACCGGGGAGCAGCCUUACAAGUGCAAGUACUGCGAGCGGUCCUUCAGCAUCUCGUCAAACCUCCAGCGCCACGUGCGCAACAUUCACAACAAGGAGAAACCGUUCCGAUCCCUAUGCGACCGCUCCUUCGGCCAACAGACCAACCUGGACCGACACCUAAAAAAGCACGAACAGGAAGGUCCACACGUUGCGGACUCACCAACCGCUGAGCUAGAGAACAAGGAUGAGGCGUACUUCUCCGAGAUUCGCAACUUCCUCAAGACCUCGGAGGAGGCGGUGGUCCCAGCCAGCUUCCGCCAUCGUCGCCAAGCCCGAGAAGGAGCGCAGCUCAAGCCCUGCCAAGAACGAUGUCUCCGACGCCGAGGACGAGAAGGACAGCGACCUGACUGUCGUGGAUGACGAUGUAGACGACGAGGAGGCAUUCUCAGACGAUGCUGACGUGGACUGCGGGGAGGAGUUGAACCUGUCCAAGUCGGCGUGGCGAGACGUGAAGCCCUCCGUGGCGGCUCUCAACAACAACGGCGGCAGCGGAGGCGACCUGGAGAAGUCCGCGACCUUCGUCAUGGACGGGGUCAAGGACGAACCUCCAGCCCAGGUUGCUGACAAAGUCAAUGGUUUGAGGUCAAGGCUGGGACAGCAGCUGCAGCUGUAGUCUGUUCCACAUAAGUUUAGCUAGAUGUUUACUAACAUGACGACCUGUCUGAAGUGGCCAACAGGACAAGUACAAGUAGGACCUCGUAGUGACUCAGCCAACUUGCUGGGCUCCAUACAGGGUAUACCAUUAGCCACCCAGAAGCUCACAGAGGCAUACCUUCUGCAAGGUAGGCGUGUACAAAUUAGAUGACACCCUGCCACUCAAAUGAGGCAUAACCGUCAGGCAUACUGAUGUGCAGAUAUAAUCUAGGCAAAACUUUAUAUCAUCUCCGCCUGCAUAGGCGCAAAAACAUGUGGGAUCGAGCUGACCUAGUUGUCCAAAAUGGAAAUUUCCUUUCAGGGCAGCAGGCUUCAUGUAUGAAAUCAGGACAUUCCUGCCCAGGAGUCAACCAUGCAGGAAUUUUCCUUUGAUGGCUGGUUCUGCAUUUUAUGGCUCUCCAAGCUCCCAGACAAUAUCUCUACUCAGUAGGACAUGGCAAGAGUGGAGCGAAUAGAAAAAAAAAUCGGACACAAGAAUUAAACUACUUCAGUUGUUGUUGUGCGGUUCAGAGACGAGUCAAAGCUCUGCUGUAGACAAGAGAGGUGCGACAGACCAAGACAUGGAGCUGUGUUUAUGGUCCAGAUGUCGCCCAGCUUGUGGAUUGUAUGUAUUACACACCGUGUAGCCUUGACAGGGCAUAGAUAAGUGUCUUAUUCAAUGGAGUUUUACUUUUUACCCUUUGUGAGUUUGCAACAUGCCAUAGACGAACAGAACCACGAGCUUAGGGACUACUAAGGAGGGGGGACACACAAACACCCACACACACACAGACCAAACAAAUAUUUUAAACCUGACUGUAAAAUGCUCGCGAAAGCAAGCAGCACUGUCAACAUAUACCAGGCCUCAAUAUCGAUGAAAGAGUUUGGAAAACUAGAUGAUGCAGCUCAUGUUGCGAUUCUGCUUCUGGAGAAUGCCGGGAUUCGACCCUGAGCUGCAAGGAAUUUUCCCAAACUUUAUCCACCAGUCCACUGCUGUUUGCCAGGGUCAUUGUUUCUUGGCCUCCCUCACGAGGACAAUCCCAAAGAUUGAAUUGCUUCCGAGGAACGCUUGCUCGACAAAGAGAUGGGUGUAAUAUUUUUAGCCAGAUACUUUUAACCUGCAACAUUGUGACUGACACUGAUGCCUCGUCUUGCAGGCUGAGUGUUUAAAGUUGGUUCGGGGAUGUAGAACCCUUCCACUUUACUUUUUAAAACAGUGUUGUUGAGAGUGAAUGAACCAGUGGGAGAGAGAUAUGUAUAUGUUUGGUGCCUGUUACCUUUGACUUGGGACCAAAAGUAAUUCCCGAUGAUAUUUUUGUAUUAUCAUGUUCUUACUUCUGCAUCUGUUUUUUGUGUAUUCCAUAGAAAUGAGCUUAAAUGUUGGACAUUCGGUUAUAUUAUGCAAACCGUUUGCAUUUUCGUUUAAACUUUGUUAAAGCUGUACAUUCCCGUACUAAAGAGAUUUUAUAAAAUAUCAUACAUUCUGCCAUGCACCGAGAAUUUACGCCUCUUUAAUAGUUUUCUUUUUAAAGAGGUCUUUACAGCAGAUUAUACAUUUAAAAAAAAAUAUGUAAGGAUAAGUGUCGUAAAUGCUGUCUAUCAAUAUUUGGAGUUAUUUUUGUGUCACUUGUUUGUGAGUUUUGCCCUGAUAGGAUUUAAAGAGGCAGAAGAAAAAUGAACAAAAAUUAAAUAAAUAAAUAAAAAAUUUGGACUCUACAUCAGGUGUUACAGAACUCCGGCACAUUUCGUUUGGUGGGCAGUUACCCGUAUAAAGUAGAGAUAAAAGUGUUCUUAAGAUGUAGAGAGAGAGAAAAGUAUCUAAAUAUGAUCCAGAGAGAAGAUUGAUCGUUAAUACUUCAUCACGAAAUGCAUCAGAUGUCAGAUAAUUGCUGCUGCUGAAUCUUUUACUUUGAAGUCUUUCUUGCUGUCAGAUGUUUGUAAGUUGCGAGGUCAAAGUUUUCUACUUACAUCUCGUCAGGAAGGAUCGAAAGCGAGGUUAUCAUACUCGUGUGCUGAAAACACUGCUGAGUAUAGCUAACCACUGAUUUUUUCCCCAAAUGUUGCAUUUCAGCCCAAAAGCUAAAAUGUCUAUCAGAUAUGUUCAUUAUUGUGUGUCCGUGCGGGCGUGUCUACAUUCUCGAGAGACGAUGCUAGUUGUUCAUAGUCCCUGAGAAGUUUUUCUUCCUGUUGAUUUUUUUUUUCAGAUGAUGGUCUACAUAAUCUCGUUUUCUAUAGCAUGCCUCCUCUUUCUCCUUCUUCAUCGACUUGUAGAUAAGCCUAAUGAUAUCUGAACAUCGUCUGUAAGCGUUGAUUCUUCGAAACCCGUCCAUAUUGUGCGCCGUGCGCGCGUUCACCCUCACGCGUCACGUGAGCACGCGCUGGACGUGAAGGGUGUUGACCUUGCCUUCAGCCACCCGUGUAAAUAUUCGCAGACUCAGACUGACAGCCGCUGGCUCAUCAGUUGUUGGUUCACCUCAGCCGCCAGGGAGGUUUGUUUUAAUUUGUCUCUGAACAUGUCCCCUCUCCUCCAACCCUCCUCCUCCUCCUAUCUUUCCAUUGGCCGAGAUGGAUUCUUGUGUCGGUGUAUUAACAUGUACAUAGAGUUCCAGUUACAGCUGUUUAUUUAUUUACUUGAAGUAACCUUGGAAGCGAUAAUAUCCAUGAUGUGUUUGUUGUCUGUGUUCUCUUUUUCGGUUUGGUUUGACUGCCAGAAAGUCUGCGCUUUGCAAUUCUGCCUUGCUGUGAUUUUGUAGACAUCUCUAGCUUUGAACCUGUCAUGCUACUACUUUCCCCUCUCCCUCACCCCCCCCCCUGACCCACCACCAGAUGUAUGUAAUGUACACAUAUGUAUAAUAAGUUCCCAUUCUUCAUUUUGUGAGUUCAGUCCUCGAGUUCAAAAAGGCUGUUUGUGAACUUAAGCUAUUUGAGAAAUCUGCUCGAAAGAAUGGUUAGUACAUAAAGCGACCUAAGCAGAAAAGUACGUAGGGUUGGUUGGGUUUGUUUUUAUUAUUAUUAUUCACACAUAACGCAAAAAUCGUUACACCUUCAUGUUGAGGCUCUGACAGUUAAGAUAAAGAUUAAUAUUGUUCCUUUAUAAACUAGAAAAAUUCACUUUUUGAAGAACUCGAUAAAGGAAAGGAAGAGUGGGAGGAUGGUGUACUAAAGGGAGAUCAUUCUUAAGUACCAAGCAAAGAAAGUGGAGGGUGGGAUGAAUAACAUACAGACUUGUAGCUCAGUGCCGUUGAACGUUUGCGUUAGUGUUAACUUUUAUUCUACCUCUGUUCGUGUUUGUCAUUUGUUGUAAAAUAUUCUAUAAUCAAAUGACCCGAUCUCAGUUGUUGUUUCUUAUUGCUUUCUGAUUCAGCCAGCUAUGUUCCGCUUCUGUAAGAAAUACGAUAAGAAAUGUACAACAGAGCUGUGUUCAGUAAGCGAUUUUUUUCCAAUAGAAAACAUGAAAUUAUUGUAGACAGAAAUUCUCCUUGUUUGGAUUCGAUAAAAUGCUCUUAUUUGCUUCCUUUGGUUAUUUGCUUUUUAUGUUUUGCUUACAUUCUAGCAUGGUCAAUAAAUGAUAGCUCCGCAGUACGACUGAGAGUUUUAUCUCUCAAGAAAAAAAUUCUUAUUUCUUACUUACAACCUUUUAUUAGAGUUUUUUUUUUUCCUUUUAAAAAAAAAAAGGCGAGGAACAUUGCUCCUCGGGAUUUGACCAGUCUUUAUAGAAGACAGACUUUGUACCACAAUAAAGCUGUUGGCUUAUAACAAUUCAGUUGUCAUUGUAGCCCUCUGGCCUCGCUGCUCGUUAUUAUUCAGAGCAUCAACCUUGUGUAGAUAAGCAAUAACUUAUGGUCGCAGCUGUCGCCAUGGCUGCCGGAUGUAGGACUCGUGGACACAGCAGUCUUGACCCUGAGCUGCUGGAAGACGAGACCUGCAGCCACGGUUCUGGCAUCGCUUGCAGACGUUGGCGAAUGAGGAAAAGAAAAUAAUAAAAUUGAAGGAAAAAGAAUUUCAUGUAAUGUAGGUGUAUGGAGCGAAUGAAUGAGUCUAGUCGUGCAUGGAGUUUGUCGGUGGAAAUCCUAAGUUAUUUGACCGCAAGUUUGCGAGAGAGUCGACUAUCAUCUCUAAGGACCCACCCCUCUACCCGUGUGGUGUAUCUUAACCUCCUCAUUGUCGCCUCUAAAUUCUGACAGACUUCUCCCUCCAUCAACCCUCGUGCUUGUAUAAGGCAAGUGUGUAACUGUUUGCAGUGAGAGUGGCUAGAAGGCUUCCUCUUGUCACCUUGUGUUCUUGCUACUCGAAGUAGUUACCCCGAGACUAAGUAGUUACCCUGAGACCAGUUUUAUGUAAUCCGCUAGGAAAUGAUAUCCAGAAUAUCUCCAGGCAGGACUUUGCUUGUUGUUACAUAACCAGCUGCAUCGCUAAAUACCAUAUUUUCCGUGUUUGUGAGUGUGAGAGUGUGUGGGUGACCCCCGAGUGUCUUAGCAGUCUUUCUGAAUAAAAAUAAAAGACAACAGGAUAGUGAUUUCCUCCUCGUUUACACUCAUCGCAAGCUUUUCAUCCAGAAAUCAACAUAAUAAAUUAAAGGCUCUUAAGAGAGGCUAGCUGUUUUUUCUGUGGGCCACGCUUGUCCCCUCGUCAUUCUCUCUAGUCCUUCACGGUUCAUUGGUCAACUGCUUCCCCACCCAGUUGUCACAUGGACCGAAAAUCAACCGCAUUUCCAGGUGGUAGAUGUUCAUGGGAGAGUGGGUUCUGGUGGAUUGCUAUCAGGAAGCCAUGGCCGAUUGCUUAGUAUCGUUUUUUCUUUUUUUAUUUUUUUUGUGGUUAACCUAGCAGCAGAACUCUUCUCCAAUGAAUCAUUAAUGUCUGUUUAAUGCAGUAUUGAUGAGACACUGCAUAUUUACUACAGUUUAUAGAUUUUCGACUCUCUUAUGCACCAUUUCCCUCCGAAUUCCGUUCAAAGUCAUCCUAGUGAGGUAUAACAGGAGAGUUAGUUCAUAAAACAUCUGCAUGUACAAAACUUGAAAUAAGAGCUAGGUAUUGCAGGGUGAAUCACAUCGCAGCCAUUGUAAAACCUUUCAUCGUGGCAGUACAUCGAACUUACCUUCCUUGAACGACUCCACUGACAGGGCUGAGAUGGUUUAGUCUACCUGACCAUACUUUGACUGGUACCAGGCAUUGAGUUACUAACAGCAGUCGGCACAGAAACAAAGUGUGGCUAAGAUGUCACACAUUUGCUUGCCAUACCCUUGGGUAUUAUUUUUUUUUCAUGUUUUCUGAGAGUGCUAAGCUCCAUACCCGAAAUUCGAACAGGUGCAAAGGUUAUGGUAGGUCAGGCGAGAGGCAACACUGUGUGUGGGGUCUGGAGAUUUUGGUUUUCUCGUGUACUCGUAUAUUCCUGUAGAAGGCCGUUGGAGUACGUCUGUGACUGAUCAGACUGAAUAAGUUGUGUGCUGUUUGCGACAUUAUUUGAGUGUGUACAACUCAGAUUCUUGGCAUUUCGAUGUUUGUUGUAAAGAAGUCAUGAAAUUUUGUGAUUGAAAUAAAAAAUUAGAAAUGUC